CUUUCCAAGCUCAACAGUAAAAGGUCAUGGCAGAAAAGGGCAUCAGUGCACCUCCUCGCAAGUUUUGGCGUACAGUCAACGAAAAUUGGAAUUAUUUGUGCAACCCUCUCUACACAAGUCAACCGCCAUGAAAUAUGAAGCAUGGCCACCGGCGAAUAGAUCCCCAAAACUGCACAAGCAAUCAGCACUACUUCAUCAUUAUAGAAUUCUCCUGCUGUACCUAACUUCGCGGAAAAAAUGAGUUCGCAUGAAGGAAAGAAAUCAUCAAGAAGAAUGGGCUGUGAUUCCUCCGGCAGUAGUUUCAGAGACCUGGACACUGAAUUUUUGACGACACAAGCUAAAAUAUGGAUAGAGAACGUUUUAGAGAAAAGUUAUGAUGAAGAAGAAACUGUUGCAGAUUUACUUGCAGAUGGAGAAAUCCUGUAUAAAAUUUCAAAGCUAAUCAGUAAAUUGAUGGAGAAUAAAUUUGGUACACAGAUUGACUCUCCGGUUUCAGAAGCAAAUCACUUCGGAAAGCAGAGUGGCAAAUAUUUGCCUUAUUCAUAUAUUGAUGCAUUUCUGAAGAUUUGUAAGAAGAUGGGGCUCACUAGUGUAGAUCUAUUCUCUCCACCUGAUGCUGUGGAGAAGAGAGAUGUUCGAAGAGUUUGUCUAUGUAUUCGAGCUUUAUCGAAGAAAGCCUGUUCAAAUGAUUUAGAUGUGCCUGAUUUUGAUCUUGUCACGGAUUUCCUAUCCAUGUCCCCAGAGAUGGCUGAUGUUAUGCAGAAAUAUUUAAAGCAGGAUAUGUAUAGCAUGUCAAGUAGAACUUCCAACCUUGAUCCAGAAACAAAGAAAGGAUCAGCAAAGAACAAUCAGCCAUUCUUAACGUGUCCGCCUGAAGUAUCACUAUCAACUGAGGACCCUGAUGAAGCAGAAAGUAAAUUAAAAUCUGCUGUUUUUGAAGUCUCAGAUUCUUUUUGGGGAGAGAGUAGUGUUGCAACUAUUGGCAGUCGUUCAGUGUCUCCAAGAAGCCCACAAUCUGCAAUUCAUGGUUCUUCUUCCAAAAGUUCAACAGUAGGUGGUUCGUCUGUAAGGGAUUCUCUAAGUGAUAUUAAUGCUCCUUUCACACCAGAAAACGAUAGGGAUCAGAAAGACAGUGAAUGUUUUAGAAUCAAAGAUACAUUCCUAGCAGACGCUCUCAAUAUUUACUUAGAAAAAUCAGAUCGUUUGACUGUAAAUAACUCCAGUGAAUUUAACGAUCCUCCAACUUCAUUAAGUAAUGAGGGCAAUUUUUUUAAUGAAUAUCCCACGGACAAAUUUACUGAUAAAAAAGAUCCUGUCAAUGGAGAAAUGAAAAAUAUAACACCAGUGGCAGUUAAUUAUGAUACCAAUCCAGCAAUUGUAUCUGAUAUUCAUAACAAUAAUGUUAAUUUUUACAAUGUAAAGGAACUGAAAAGUGAGUUUUUAGCCAUGGAUUAUGCAAGCAAGGGAAAACUAAAUGCUGUUGAUAUUGACCAUGUAAACAUGCCGAAAGAAGGCAUUCUUCAUAUGUUGAACGAAAAUGUUCCAAAAACAGGAGGCACACAUGUUGACUGCUUAAAAGUGGAGCCUUUGCACACUAUCAAUGUUCCUUCCUCUGUGUUUAUGGUGAAUAACAAUUCACAUCAUCUGAGUGACACUGUUAAUGGUGGAUAUACACAUCCCAAUUCAGUGCAAGUCUCUGAUGAUUUUGUAGAAAGAGCUACAGAUGACGUGGAAGUCAAUUUUAAAAAUGUGCUAAAAGAAUUGAGAGUUGAUGUUGGACCCACAGAUGCACCAAAAUUAGGAAGGUUGGAUGCCAGUCAUGAAAAUGAGUUGAAAGGAGAGAGUGUGGAUUCUUACUGUGCGAAUUUCCCACAAGCAUUAGACAUUUACACUGAUAAAACAAAAGUGUUACAUGCCAAAAAUGUUAUUGGUUGUUACAUGCAUGAACCACAAACAAAAUAUUUAGAUAUAGAUUUUAUACAUCAGGUAAAACCAGGUUAUGGAAACACCUCACAAACAGUUAUUGUUGACAUGGGGACAGCCAAUGUGCCAAAUGCAGAUAGCAUGGGCAUUGACUCUAUGCCAAGUGCAACGGAGUCUUUUAUUGCGACCACUGAUUCUUCGUUGAUAGCAGAUUUCAUAAAUUACAAUGCUUAUGAGGAAUGUGGACAUUCUACUUUUAUGCCUGUCUCCAAAGGUACUGAACAAGGAGAACUAAAUAAUAUGGAUGUCCAUACCAAAGUCCUACACAAAGAGGAAUUUGCUGGCGACCCCACAAAUGCACCAGAAUUAGAGAGCUUGGAUGUUGGCCCCAAAUAUACACAAAAAACAGACAGUCUGUUUCAUGACAACAGAUUUUCUCCAGAAUUUGUUAGUGUCAACGUUGAUCAGUGUGUGAAAAAGAAAAAUUUGAAUAUAGGCUGUGGAGUCAUACUAAAAGGAGAGAGUGUUGAUAUGGUGAACUUAAGUGUAAGAGUGCUGGAAAUAGAUGGUGUGGAUAUCGCAUGUAAAGUGGAGGAUGAAGAACAUGUUGCUACUUUUGAGAAGGGUAUGGAAUCAAAUAAUGUUGCUGAUGAAUAUGCAAAGUUGCCAAAAUCAGAGACUGUUGUUGACAGUGCUGCAAAUAGAAAAUCAGGUGAUAUCAACUGUGCAAUUGAUACUGAAGAAGAUAAUGUUGUCGCUGCAGGUAACAGUUUUGUAGUAUAUAAUAUUGAGAAUUACCAAAAUGUUUUGAAAGCAGAUAUUGUUGAUGCUGAGAGAGCUAUGAGUGUGGAAACAGGUGAUAUCAACUGUGCAUUUGCGACUUCAGAGGAUAUUUUUGUCAGUCCUGUAGGAAAUGGGUUGGACACAGAUAAUGUUGAUCAUGCAUCCAUGGAUAUGCUGAAAUCAGAGAUUCUUGUUGUUGACAAUGUUGCAAAUAAGCAAGCAGAGGAUAUCAACUUUGCAUAUGUGCGUGCUGAAGAUGGUACUCUGAGUGCUCAAAAGGGGUUGGAAGCUGAACUAGUUAAUGAUUACAAAACUGUUUUGAAAUCAGAGAUUGUUGAUAUUGACGAUGCUAGGCAUAUGAGAACAGGUAAAAUCAGUUGUACAAAUGUGACUGAAGAACAUGAUGUUAAUGCUGCAAAUGAUUCACUAGCAGAUAUUGACAAUGACUGCAGACAGUCUGUUGAGGUUGACAAUGCUGGAGAUAUGAAAGUGAAGAUUAAUUGUUUAGUAGUGACUAAAGAAGAAUGUAUUGUUGAUUCUGGGGAUGCUAUUAAAUCAGAUAAUGUUGAUGGUGACUCUAUCAAUGUGCUGAAACCAGCUAUUGUUGCUGUUGACGGUCCUGCAAAUAUGCAAAUGGGGAAAAUUAACUGUGCAGUUAUGAUUGAAGAAAUAUCUGUUGCCAAUGCUAGGAAUGUUAAUGACAAGUCAAAAGAAGUCCUGAAGUUGGAGACUGUUGAUAUUUGCAGUGUUCUGAAUAUGGAAACUGGGGAAAGUAACUGUGUAGAUGUGACUGAAGAAGAUUGUAUUGUGAAUGAUGAUAAUGAGUUCAGUGCAGGUAAUUUUGACCAUGAUUCCAAAAAUGUGCUGAAUUCAGAUAAUGUUGGUGUUGACUAUGCUUUGAAUAUGAAAACAGGACAUGUUGACUUCCUAGAUGUUACUGAAGUAAAGAGUACUGUCAAUGCUGAGAAUGGUUUGGAAGAAGAUGUUACUAAUCAUCUGGAAAAGGUGUUGAAGUCAGAUACUAUUUUUGAUAGUGGUGUAAAUAUGAGAACAAGAGGUUUCAACCAUGGAGUUGUGGUUGAAGAAGCCAGCAUUAUUAAUGAGUGGAAUGGAUCGGAAGCAGUUAAUAUUGGAUAUGGGUCUGACAAUGUGAUGAACUCAGAGCUUAUUGAUAUUGACAGUGCUAUGGAUGUGCAAAUGGUGGAUACUGGCUGUUCUGUUGUGAUUGCAAAGGAUCAUACUGCCUGUGCUGCUAAUGGUGUCAAAGUACUUCAUGUUGUCGAUGACACUAGUAAUAUGCUGCAAUUAGAGACUCUUAGUUUUGACAGUGCUCUGAAUAUAAAAACAGGAGAUAUAAACUGUCCACUUGCAACUGAGCUAGAUAGCAUUGCUAAUCCUCGGAUUAAGUUGAAAGCAGACAAAAUUGACGAAGAUGGCAGAAAUGUACUGAAAUUAGAUACUGAUAGUUCAACAAAUGUGAAAACCAAUGAUAUCAACGGUGAAGUUGUAGCCAACGAUAAUAAUGUUGUUGAUGCUGAGAAUGUGUUACUAGCAAAUGACAAUGCCAAUGGCUCCAUAAAUAUGCUGAAACUAGAGACUGUAGGAGUUAACAAUACCGUGUAUAUUAAAACAGGGUAUGUCAACUGUCCAGUUAUGGGUGAAGUAGAAAGUGCUGCCCAUAUUGGGAAUAUGUUGACAUCAGAGAAAAACAAUAAUGACUCCAUAAAUAUUCUCAAACCGGAGACAGUAGGUGUUGAUAAUGCUGCAUAUGUGAAAACAGGGGAUAUCAACUGUCCACUUGUGACUGAAGUAGAGAGUGUUCUCCAUUUUGACAAUGAGUUACAAACAGAUGAAGUCAAGAAUGACACCAAAAAUGUGCUAAAUUCAGAUAAUUUUUGUGUUGGCGAUCCUUCAAAUGCAAAAACAUGGGAUAUCAACUCUAAAGUUGUGAAUGAAGAUGAUGGUGUUGUCAAUGAUAGGAGUGAGAUAGAGCCAAACAAUCUUGACCAUGACAUAGACAAACCUCUGGAACCAGAUAUUGCUGCUGUUGAUAAUGCUGGAGAUCUUAAAAUGGGGAAUAACAUUAAGGCUGUCGAGCCAAAUAGAUCAGAGGCAAGUAAUAUGGACAUUGUCAAGUCAGACUUUCACAAGGGAGAUCAUAUCAAUUAUGACUACUGCCCUAUUAGAAAAUUCAAGCCAUCUGAAAUUCCAGAGGAAAACUCAUUGAUUGCUAGUGAUAGUAGAAACCAGCUUCAAUCAUCAGCAGAUUGUGAGCAUGGCAAUGACUACGAAAUCCAACAAAAGGAAACUGGAAAAAGGAGCCUCGAAAAGAAUGAAUCAGAAGAAAAAAAGCACAUAAGAAAGUCUCACGGGAAAAGGCUAUGGAUCUCAGUUUUUGCUUGUGGAUUAGCAGCUGGAGUAACCAUGGGGGUGAUACGAUUGUUGAAUAGCAGGAAACAAAAAGAGUUUGAGAUUAAAGAAGGAGAUACACUGUCAGACAUAUCCAAAAGAGCUGGCAAAUCCAGUUGGAAGGAGCCAAAUUCUGUUGAAAUGGAGUACAGAUUGUUCUUAUAUGUGAUCCAUUUUAGUAAUCCUUCUUCUCUAGGAGAUUCACUUUGUACAGGCCAAAUUCUGUCACAAAUACAAUAUUAUGGUGUAGUCAACUUUUACAGUUCAGUUUGUACCAACAUAACCAAAAAGGAUUUGGUUUGUAGCAGGUAACCAUUUUCAGAGAGGAGUAUAAGAUAAUAACAAAGAAAUAAAUUGAAAGGUAUUACAUGGCCUUUUUCAUUAAGUUUUGUGGUUAUGUUGUGACACAGAU